AUGCCCUCAGAUCCGAAACUCGAUCUCGACGAUAAUACGCCAUGGAGCGAACCUGCCUGGUACAGGACUUUGGACUCGCCAUACUACAACGAAUCCCAUCGAAGGCUUAGAGACAACAUCCGAAAAUACCACGAUACGCAUAUUUUACCCCACUCUCUGGAAUGGGAGGAGAAGGGCGAUGUACCCCGGGAAGAAGCGCUGCGGUACGCUCAGUCAGGGAUCCCCUUUGAUGAUGUCCCUAUUGAAUAUCGACCCUCCCACAUCCCCAACUUGGCCGGCAUUCCUCACCAAGAGAUGGACGUGUUUCAUCUCCUAAUUCGCAUUGACGAGACGGCCAGAACGGAGGGCGGGGUGUCAAUUGCGCUUGGCGGUGCAUCAACGAUUGGUAUUCCUCCCAUUAUACACCAUGGCUCUGAGGAGCAGAAGGCCAAAUGGCUUCCUGGGCUCUUCUCAUGGGAGACUAGUUUCUGCCUGGGAGUGACAGAGCCUAAUGGUGGGUCUGAUGUCGCUAAUAUCAAAACCACCGCGGUCAAAUCUCCCGACGGUAAAUAUUACAUCGUCAACGGCGUUAAGAAAUGGAUUACAGGUGCCCCGUGGGCUACGCACAUGACAACGGCCGUCCGGACAGGAGCGGAUGGAUCCGGUGCGCGUGGCAUUUCAGUGCUCGUAAUUCCCAUGAGAUCCGAGGGAGCCACGACUCAAAAGAUCUAUAACAGUGGUCAGAAUGCUGGCGGAUCGUCGUUUGUGGAUAUGGAAGAUGUGCGGGUGCCCGUGGAGAACCUGAUCGGAGAGGAAAACAAGGGGUUCCCAAUCAUUAUGAGAAACUUCAACAAGGAGAGAUAUGUCAUGGCUGUUCAGUGUAACAGGAAGAGUCGAACGUGUCUCGCCCUCGCUCUGUCAUAUGCUUUGAGGCGCGAGACCUUUGGACAACCGUUGAUCCAAAAUCAGAUCAUCCGGCGGAAGCUAGCUGAGCUAGCCCAUCGGGUAGAAGCGCACUGGGCCUGGUUGGAACAACUGGCAUUCUACAUCAAUUCUGCGCCCUUGGGCUGGCAGAGCCCUCGGAUUGCAAGCCGCAUUGCCCUGCUCAAGGUCCAGGGGGGGCAGAUGCUGGAAUUAGCCGCGCGGGAGGCACAGCAAAUCUUCGGGGGUGCAGGGUAUCAGAAAGGUGGAGCAGGAGCAACCGUAGAACAGAUCAGUAGAGAUCUACGAAUGAUGGUGGUGGGUGGUGGGAGUGAGGAAAUCAUCGCAGAUCUUGCCAUACGCCAGGAAGUGUCUAUGCUCGAAAGGAAGGACAAAUUGUAG